CCGACGGGAUCACCGAGAGCUUUCGUUCAGAACAGCACGUGAACUGGAGGGAGAGAAAAGCAAGAUCUGCUCUGUUCAGUUCCUGGUGCCGGUCCCAGAAAAAGACUUAAAAUCACGUUUUAAGGAAAAUCAGCUGACUGCGCGGUACACGUGAAGGUGCUGUUGGCAGCAGCCGUCUGCACAAAGGCGGGGAAGGCCAUCGUCUCCCGGCAGUUCGUGGAGAUGACUCGGACCCGCAUCGAGGGGCUGCUGGCGGCUUUCCCAAAGCUGAUGAACACGGGGAAGCAGCACACCUUUGUGGAAACGGAGAGCGUGCGGUACGUCUAUCAGCCGAUGGAGAAGCUCUACAUGGUGCUGAUCACCACCAAGAACAGCAACAUCCUGGAAGACCUGGAAACACUCCGGCUCUUCUCCAGAGUGAUCCCUGAAUAUUGUCGAGCUCUGGAGGAGAAUGAGAUCUCCGAACACUGCUUUGACCUGAUUUUUGCCUUUGAUGAAAUUGUUGCCCUGGGCUACCGUGAGAACGUAAACCUGGCGCAAAUUCGGACCUUCACCGAGAUGGACUCACAUGAAGAAAAGGUGUUCCGAGCAGUCCGAGAGACUCAGGAGCGCGAAGCAAAAGCUGAGAUGCGCCGUAAAGCGAAGGAAUUGCAGCAAGCCAGGAGAGACGCAGAGAGACAGGGCAAAAAGGCACCCGGGUUCGGUGGCUUUGGUAGCUCGGCCGUGUCUGGGGGUACAACGGCGGCGAUGAUCACAGAGACCAUCAUUGAAACGGAGAAGCCCAAAGUGGCGCCCGCGCCUGCCAGGCCUUCAGGUCCCAGUAAAGCCUUGAAACUCGGCGCUAAGGGGAAGGAGGUGGACAACUUCGUGGACAAGCUGAAAUCAGAAGGAGAAAAUAUCAUGACUUCCGUAGGCAAGCGCUCUACAGAAGCAGCCAAAGUUCUUGCUCCUCCCAUUAACAUGGAGAGCGUGCACAUGAAAAUAGAGGAGAAAAUUUCCUUGACUUGUGGCCGUGACGGGGGGUUGCAGAACAUGGAGCUGCACGGCAUGAUCAUGCUGCACAUUUCCGACGAAAAGUUUGCACGGAUUCGCCUGCACGUAGAAAAUGAAGACAAGAGGGGAGUGCAGCUACAGACUCACCCCAACGUGGACAAGAAGCUUUUCACUGCAGAAUCGCAGAUUGGUUUGAAGAACCCUGAGAAGUCAUUCCCUAUUAACAGUGACGUGGGCGUGCUGAAGUGGAGGUUGCAGACCACGGAAGAGUCCUUCAUUCCAUUGACAAUUAACUGCUGGCCGUCAGAAAGCGGGAACAGUUGCGAUGUUAACAUUGAAUACGAGCUGCAAGAGGAGAGCCUAGAGCUGAACGACGUGAUCAUCACCAUCCCCUUGCCGUCCGGUGUUGGCGCCCCGGUGAUUGGGGAGAUUGAUGGCGAGUAUCGCCACGACAGCCGGAGAAAUCUCCUCGAGUGGUGCCUGCCAGUGAUAGAUGCCAAAAACAAGAGUGGCAGCCUGGAGUUCAGCAUAGCAGGGCAGCCAAAUGACUUCUUCCCCGUGCAAGUCUCCUUCAUCUCCAAAAAGAACUAUUGCAACAUACAGGUUACCAAAGUGACCCAGGUAGACGGGAACAGCCCUGUAAGGUUUUCCACUGAAACCACCUUCCUGGUGGACAAGUACGAAAUCCUGUAAUGCCAGCCGUGGGGAAUCGCAAAGGAAGAAAUUUUUAAAUUAAAAAAAAAAAAAAAAAAGCCGAAGUUUAUUCUGAAUGUUGGGAACGCCGCAGCCCCCUCUCUGCUAAGACACGUGGCUCUGCCUGGCAUCUGCAGCGUUCCUGGGUCACAGACAUUUUUGGCAGAGAAUUGACGUGCUCAUGGGGGGAAAGGCUACAAAUUUCUUUGGCAGAUUUUUACUGGCCGGCAGAAGAGCAAGAUCUCCACAGAGAACCUGGUUUUGACACGUCCCUUUCUCCCCUGAAGAUGACCGGAGCUCAGUCCCAGAGCCUACCAGACAUCGUUCUCUUCCUUUCUGAAGCGUUCACGCGCUGUUCCGUUGUUGGUGCUGCCAUUUUAAUUUUUCCUCGGCCUUCAACUCUCGUUUCCAUUGGUGAAAGCAGGCAUUAAGAUAACAGCGUGCCGGGGGCGCGUUGCUUCUGUCUGGUAGGAGUGGAGCAAGCUGGCCUCACUUUCAAAGGUCAGGGGGAGGUGGGGGGGUUCCUAGCAGGGGCGUGGGGUGGGGAAGAGGGCCUCGGGGUGUGGGUCCUGCUGCCCCACACGCUUACUGCUGUCUCUCCAGCCCGGGGCUCACCUCACUGGCUCGCAAAGGGCUCCGAGGCAGCGCGGGCUGCGGCUCUGCAUGCUCUAGCUCCUGCUGCAGUUGGGGGAGAGCGUCCAGGAGGGACUGCCCCCUGCACCGGCGGGCUGGCUGGCUGGCUGCUGCAGCUGCGCUCAGGCUGGGCUUUGGAGGCAGUUUAAUUCGGUUAGACCCAGCUGCGUGUCCUUCCCCAGGGCCCUUUCAGGUUCUUGGGAGGUUGAAGGCUUUGCCUGCCUCCGUGCAGAAAACGUGGGGCUGCUCCGAGCGCGAGCAGCGCCCCAGCGCAUGUGGUCCUCCUCCCGCUGCCUCACGAGCAUUAUUUGCCUCAUCUCAGACCUGUGCUCCCCUCAAAACUCAUCUCGUGCUCGGCUCGGGGCCCAUCACUAACAGCUUCACCGGCCACCAGCGAGGUCCGCAGGGGAGCACAGAUGGGAAGGAAGCGCCCUAAAAACGCGUGUACUGCGCUCCCAAGAGAGCCCUUGUGGGGGAGCGAGCGUGUGUCUGCUCCCGUGGGGGUCCUCUGCCAAAGAAGUUGGUGGUGUCUCCUCUGUCGGCAGUACCCCAAGGGAAAUCGACCCCGAUCCCCGUCCUGGGGGGGGGGGGGCGGGAGAGCAAACCCUGUUCCCUAGCGAAGUAGGCGAUGGAUCCCCUUUGCUCGGUCGUGUUCGAGAGUUGCUUGUCUGUAGGAUUUUAAAAUGGAGUCGAGGUUAGUUCAAGCAUUGAAGGAGCUUUUUUCUUUCCUUUUUCUUUCUUAAAUUCGUUGGAGGGUAAUAUUUAAACCGAGCCGAGAUUCUUCCCCCCCCCCCCAACUUUUUGUAACCCUGUACGAUACUGGCCUAGGGAAUAGAGCACAUUCCAGUGUACACAGAGAAUACCAAGUCUUUAAUCAAAUAAAGAGUAUUGUAAAAGGAA